UUUUCUUUUUCAUACGCGAAAUUACCACAUAUCUGUUUGUGUUCCCAAACGCCGUCGAGGAAAGCAGAAUAUCGAUCGAAAAAUGCAGUCAGCCGAGCAAUUGGUACUCGAUCUCAGUAGUCCUGAUCUUCGCGAAAACGCUCUUCUCGAACUCUCCAAGAAGAGAGAGCUGUUUCAAGAUCUGGCUCCGUUACUGUGGAAUUCAUUUGGUACCAUUGCAGCACUAUUACAGGAGAUAGUUUCAAUAUAUCCGUUUCUAUCACCACCGAAUCUAACUCCAGCCCAGUCAAAUAGAGUCUGCAAUGCCCUUGCUCUUCUGCAGUGUGUAGCUUCACAUCCAGACACAAGAAUGCUGUUCUUGAAUGCUCAUAUCCCUUUAUAUUUAUACCCUUUUCUCAACACCACAAGCAAAUCGAGGCCGUUUGAGUAUCUGAGGCUUACUAGCUUAGGUGUCAUUGGUGCCCUGGUGAAGGUUGAUGACACAGAAGUUAUCAGCUUUCUGCUUUCAACAGAAAUAAUUCCGCUGUGCCUCCGCACAAUGGAAAUGGGGAGUGAGCUGUCGAAAACAGUUGCAACGUUUAUAGUUCAAAAGAUUCUAUUGGAUGAUGUGGGGCUGGACUACAUAUGCACGACAGCAGAACGUUUCUUUGCAGUGGGUAGAGUUUUGGGGAAUAUGGUGGCUGCACUUGCUGAGCAGCCCUCUUCACGCCUCUUGAAGCACAUUAUCCGAUGUUACCUUCGAUUGUCAGAUAACCCCAGAGCAUGUGAUGCUUUGAGGAGUUGUCUUCCGGAUAUGCUGCGAGAUGCUACUUUCAGCAGUUGCCUUCGUGAGGAUCCGACAACAAGAAGGUGGCUUCAACAGCUGGUUCAUAAUGUUCAAGGACCACGUGUUGGUGUUGGUCUUCAGGGAGGUGGAGGCUUCGAUCACAUGCUCUAACUAACUCCAUCAAAUCAAAUAUCAAAUGCUUCUUUCUCUUACAACUCAAACCCCAAAACCCAAGAUGUUAUUUUCUAUUUUCUAUUUUCUAUUAUUACUUAUUACUUAAUUACAGAUUCUUCUUUUGUGCUCAUGUUUAGUUUGUUUAUAUUUUAACUAGCUAGCUAGCGUGUUUGUGUUAUUAAUUGGUGUUCGUUAAUCUAGUGAAAAAUGUUUAAAUGCUACCACGUUCAGUUAUUAUUCACUUUCAUUUCA